AUGACCGAUUACUCGACAUGGAAAGUGACUGAACUGAAGGCGGAACUGAAGCGACGCGGCAUUGCGCAGACCGGCCUCAGAGUCAAACAGCAAUUUAUUGACAGACUCGUGGAGGAAGACGCGAAGGGCGCCGAGAGCCCAGUCGCGAAGGAAGAUACCACUGCGACACAGAAUGCUGUUGAGGAGUCACAACCCGCCGAGGAGAAACAACCUACGCCGCCUGCCGUGGAUGCUGCAGAGUCACACAGCCCCAAGCCUGAAGAACAAGUGCAGGAACAACAGCAGGAUAAAGAAGUGUCAGGUACUGAUAUUGGUGAAACGCAAGCCGAACAGAAGACCACAGAUGUGACACAAGAUGCCGACGCUCCUACUGAGAAGGAACGAGAGCCACCAUCCAAAUCGGAGCCGGCAGAACUAGCAGAAGCCAAGCCUGAAACUGGCACUUUGACGCAACCGGUUGAGCAGGCUCCCGGCAAUGUGGAAGAGAAGGAACCUACACUUACGAAGGAAGAAAGCACAGGCCAGACUGAGUCUGCUGAAAAGGUUGCGCCAGCUGCUGCACCCCCCUCAGAAUUGGCUACCGGAGUGUCUACGCCCCUCCCCGCCGAGGAGCUUAUUGAAGACUUUCGAAAAAGGAAGCGUCGCAGUCAAAGUCCUGUUCCUACACCCGAAGCGCAGGCGAACAAAAAGGCGAAGCUUCCAGCAGAAGCCCCUAGGGUUCUCUUGUCGGAGGACAGCGGCGCGAUGGAUAUUGAUGGGGUCACCAAACCGGACGAAACUGUUCCUGUCUUGCAAGAGCCUUCAGAAGAGCAUGUCAAUGUCAAUCAACCUGAUGAACAAGCUACUGUGCCUCAUGAUGAUUCACAUCCCCCUUCUAGCUCCGAUAACUCACGAAGCAAGAAGAGUACCGCGCCGAAACAAGACGUUCGUUUCAAGGGCCUCUUUGUAGCUGGCGAGACGGAACAGACCCGCCCUGCAUCUCCCCCCGCAGAUACAAUAUCUGAAGAUGCGGAAGUUGAGCCGGCCUUACAUGUUGCGACAGCAGCACUGUAUGUGGGUGGCCUGAUGCGCCCGCUUCAACCGGCUGCUCUUAAGAGUCACCUUAUUAAUAUUGCAUCACCCCCUGGUGCCUCACCUGAUCCCGACGUCGUUGUCGAUUUCUACCUGGAUUCCAUCAAGACACAUUGUUUUGUCAACUUUACCAGCGUUACAGCAGCGUCUCGUGCCCGUGCUGCUCUUCACAAUACUGUUUGGCCUAAUGAGCGGAACCGCAAAACUUUGUUUGUGGACUUCAUUCCCGAACAAAAGUUACAUCAAUGGAUUGAUACCGAAGAGAAUUCUCGUGGACGUAGCGGCCCUCCAGCUCGCUGGGAGGUAAAGUACGACCGAACUGACGACGGAGUGGAGGCUGUCUUGGAGGAAAUUGACCCGAAGAAUGCGGGACCCCGUCCAGCCCGCGGACCGGCGCCAAGUGACUUUUCUCGGCCCCCACCGUUGGGCCCACGAGCGGAUAUGGAGAAGAAAGACCGACGGCCUAGUGGCCCUUCACAAGCAGAGCCCAGCUCUCGACCUGGGCAAGGAUUCAAACCACUCGAUGAGCUAUUCAUGUCUACUACCACCAAGCCGAAACUGUACUAUCUUCCUGUCCCUCGCGACGUGGCGGAUCGGCGUUUAGACCGAUUCGAUGAUCUGCUGCGAAAAGGAUCGUAUCCUCGUCCCGGCGGCGACGAAACUCGCCGGAUAUCAUUCGAGGACGGCGACUUGUUUGUGGACAAUGGCCCUGAAUUUGGCGGUCGGAAUCGGCGACGAGGUGGUCGGGGGCGAGGUCGAGGUGGCUUUGGGGACUCCUGGAGGGGCGAUCGAAAAGGGCGUCCUUGA